AUGGUGUCCUGGCUCUCUGCCAACGCCCCAGUGUUUCCCAACCCACCACGGGUACCUGGACCGGUCCGUGAGCUUCAAUCCUGGAGCUUCGAACUUCCCUGGAACCCACCAAACCCGCCCGGAAAUCCAGUUUUGGCUGCAUCCCGCUUUGCAUGGCAACAACCACCGGCUUCAACGUCAUCGGUCACAUGGCCCGAAAGAACGCAAUAUAUUCCUGCAAGUGACGCCGUCUGCUCGGGGCACAACACCGCAUGCCACACGAUGCUCAACGCUCUGUUAACCUUUCAGGCGAUGGUGUCCUGGCUCUCUGCCAACGCCCCAGUGUUUCCCAACCCACCACGGGUACCUGGACCGGUCCGUGAGCUUCAAUCCUGGAGCUUCGAACUUCCCUGGAACCCACCAAACCCGCCCGGAAAUCCAGUUUUGGCUGCAUCCCGCUUUGCAUGGCAACAACCACCGGCUUCAACGUCAUCAGUCACAUGGCCCGAAAGAACGCAAUAUAUUCCUGCAAGUGACGCCGUAAGCUUGGGGCACAACACCGCAUGCCACACGAUGCUCAACGCUCUGUUAACCUUUCAGGGUUCAGUACUGAGCCCCUUCCUCUUCAACACGGCACUAGCAGGACUUCCGGCGUCCCUCCCAACAGACACCAGGUUCCCGGCCCGCUGCUCUGUCUACGCAGAUGACGUGGCACUCUGGGUCCGGGGACCAAGGUGGUCCAUCCCGGCCAUCAGGAGAUCACUGCAGGCGGUCCUCGAUGCAGUGAUAACCUACCUCGGAGGCAUCGGGCUUAAGGUCUCUGCCACCAAGACUGAGGCCCUGCUGAUUCACCGGCUGGCGGCAGCUCACACCCACGUGAGACGGCUGAGGAUUGGCAAUCGCAGCCUGCCUUGGAGGUUGGUGGUGAAGUACCUGGGGCUCACCAUCGACCACCGACUCACCUGGAUCCCGGCUGCCAAGGCUGCUGCCACCAAGGUGCGGCGCGUCCAGGGCGCCAUCAGCAGGCUGCAGCUGCGUGGCCGCGGCUGCUCCACCAAGUGGGCCCUCCAGCUCAACCAGGCUGCGGCGUCCUCGGUCCUCCUGUACGCCUUCCCGCUGGUGAGCCUGACACCGGCCAGGAGAAGCCUGCUGGAGGGACUCCACAGGGGUGCACUGAGGGCCAUCCUGGGGCUUCCCAAAAGCUCGCCGGUGGCAGCGACUCUCGCGGAGGCAGGAGAGUGGCCCCUGACGUUACGUAUGCUCCAACGUGCGCUGGGCCACAUUGACCGCCUUCACCGCGCCACCGACGGCAGGGCCCUCCUGGAGCGUCUCCGCAGCCAGCCAGCAUCACGGAUGGGAGGCCUCUGCCUGCUCUACCACCAGGUGGUUCCAGAUCUGCCAGUCCCGGUUGCCUCUCCACCGCCUCACCACCAGCCACCAGAGGUCCACCUCUGCUUGGAAGGGGCAACCAAGCGACGAACGCCUGCGGCUGCACUGCAACAGGCGGCCUCCUGCAAGCUCCAGGAACGACUGGAGGGACGGCUGCAGGUGUUCACGGACGGAUCUGUGAUGCCAGACGGGACUGCAGCGGCCGCAUGCGUAAUCCCGUCUAGAGCCAACAGCAGGCAGUGCAGGCUACCCUUCCCGGCGAGCUCCACGGCUGCGGAAUUUGCUGGACUGCAUCUCGCGGAAGACCUGUUGGCUGAGGACAUCCCCCUUGAGCCGGCCGCGGUCCUGUGUGACAGCAAUGCGGCUCUGCAGACCCUGGCCAACUCCCGCCGUGCUGGACUGACGGCCUGCCUCCUGAGAGCCAAGGUUCGCACCCUCACUGACACCGGGGUGUCCGUCUCCUUCCACUGGCUGCCCUCCCACGGGGCCAUCGCUGGAAACGAGAAGGCGGACACCCUCGCCAAGGCUGCCCACCAGCCUGGUACUCCCUACUCCUGUGCCGUGGCGGCCAGGGACUAUUCACAGGCCCGUCUCAAGAGGCCCCUCAUCACAGUCCACCCAGACCCGAGGGUGGCCAGCGGGCGAGUACCAAAGCCUCUCCCAGAGACGGGCCUCACCAGGAGAGAACGGGCCUCCCUGUUGCGACUGCGGACUGGCUGCGUGUGGACGGCGGCCCGCCGCCACGCCAAGGGCCUCUGUCCCUCCCCGGCCUGCACCCGUUGCGGAGACCCAGAGACCCUCGAACACCUCCUCUGUGCCUGCCCUGACUUAGCACAGGAACGCUUGAGGGCCUACACGGCCUACAGGAGACAGGGUCUGCCCGUCUCCACCCUGGAAAACCUGCUGUUCCCGGCUCGUCCACAUCCAGCAGCACUCCGCAGCUUGGCGGAGUUCGUGGAGGAGUCAGGAAUUGCUGCCUACCGCUGA